CCUCCAGAGGAGGAAGCCACAGAAGAAGAUUUGGGAUCAAGAAAUGUUCGAAUUAUUCUGCAAAUUUGGGGCAGAUCCUCCUCCACGUAUGAAUUUCCCCUCGAGUGUAAACCAACCCCAGUUGUUCAGACUAUGGGACAUUAGCCAGAAGUUCCUCUUCCUGAUAAACAACAUGCUGGUAGCAACUUCACAACAGUCUGGUUCAUCAGGGCAGUUAAUGGCCGUGGUCCCCAAUAAAGCUCUUGAUCCAAUGUACCAACCCAUCUUUAUGGGCCUCUCUGAUAAGCUACACACCCUGAACUGUGUGCAGUCUGAUGGGGGUCAACCUCAGCUACAGUUACUGGUAAGAGACAUAAUGGAUCUUUAUAAAGCAAAUGAGGAAUUCAAGAGCUUUACUUUCUACAGCAAGACGGAUGGCAGUGAUGAGACUUGCAGUUUUGAAUCUGCUGCAUUCCCGGGUUGGUUCCUAAGCACUUCGCAUGAGCCAAACAGGCCUCUUGGUCUGAGUCACCGUGGAACCACUGACAUCACUACGUUUUAUUUUCAAAGAACAAACUCCACUGAUAGACAAGAGCCAUUGUUUUAAGGGAAAACCAAAGUGGAGGAAUUUGCAGGCUACAUGCUGAUAUUUUUGAUAUGUGGCAGAAUGAAGCCUUUUAUAGCUUUAUGUGAAAAAAGAAUGGGAUGGGGUUUGAUUGCAAAGCAGAAUUUAUUAUUAGGACUGGAUUUAGAUUUAGAUAGUAUGCUAGAUCCAAAAAAUGUAUUGGUGUGCAUGCACAUGGCCAUAGCCACAGCUGAAGAAUGCCUAGUAAGAAAGUUCUUUGGGAAAUGCAUGGACUAUGGAGGUGCUAGACUGUGGCAUUUAUUUCUCCUGCACAGUAGAACUUUGCACACCUAGUGCAGCAAAUCACUGCACAGAAAACUGUUUCCAAGGAUAGGUUAUUUUUGCUGGAUUGGUGCCAAACAAUGUGUGGACAGCACUGAGUUGUGCACCUAGUUUUCGCAUGAAGUGAUGCUAGCCCAGUACACCAUGAUGUACAUAAUGCUAGAAUUGGUGUCUCCCCUCAUUGCUGUACGGUUACUGUUUUAAGACUAUUGCCCGCUUCAACUAAUUUUAGCAUGCAGCUUUUUUAGGAUGGUGAAGACACAGACUUACACCAGAGCAAAUGAGCAGAGUUAUAGUUGCAGCUCUGCAGGUCUCAGGGCCAAAUAUGACAUGACAUUAAAUGUGUCAUUAGAAAUCCUGUUGGUUUCCUUUAAAAAUUAACAGCAAAUGCAGAAGGGGGAAUUUUCAUCAGGAUUGUAACACAUGGGGAGGGGCAGUUUAACCUUUUCCCAUGCCAAUGACCCCUUCUCCCCAUGCUAUUAUUAGAUCCAGGGGGAAAACAAAAGCUCCCAUUGGCUUCUUUCCCUGCUGGUUACAGUCCCAUUGAAAAUGCUAUUACUUUUUUAAAAAGAAGCUGAUGAGCUUCCCAAUAACACAUUUAGUACCAGUCUGGUCCUCAGCUGCAGUGCAGAAU